AUGUUUAAGUGUUGGAUUGUUUUUUCUCCAGAUGGUAGAAAUUUCCAAGUUGAAUAUGCUGUUAAAGCCGUUGAAAAUGGAUCCACAUCACUGGGUAUAAAAUGCAAAGAUGGUAUUGUACUAGCUGUUGAGAAGCUAAUAACUUCAAAGCUUCUGGUGCCUGGAAAAAACAAGAAAAUUCAAACCGUGGAUCGUCACAUUGGAUGUGUUUACUCUGGAUUGAUGCCAGAUGGAAGACAUUUAGUUAACAGGGGCCGUGAAGAAGCAGCAAGCUUUAAGAAACUAUACAGCACGCCUAUCCCAGUUCCUGCAUUUGCGGACCGGGUUGGACAAUAUGUUCAAGCGCAUACGUUAUACAACAGUGUCAGACCGUUUGGUGUGACUGCCAUCUUUGGUGGUGUGGAUUCUGACGGCGCUCACUUAUACAUGCUGGAACCAAGUGGAGCCUAUUGGGGUUACAAGUGCGCGGCCACUGGUAAGGGUAGACAAUCGGCUAAAGCAGAAUUGGAAAAAUUAUCUAAUGGGGAAUCAGAACUAACCGCAAGAGAAGCUGUAAAGGAGGCAGCAAGAAUCAUAUAUGCAGCUCACGAGGACAACAAAGAAAAAGAUUUCGAAUUGGAACUCAGUUGGUGCUCACUUUCGGAGACCAACGGGUUGCAUAAAGAGGUUCCAAAAGACCUAUUCGAUGAAGCUGUAGAAUAUGCAAAGAAAGAACUAGGAGACGACAGUGAUAGUGAUAGUGACGAUGACUCUGCUGACGAAGAAACCAAGGAAAAAAAGGACGAAGAUGGUGACAUCGAAAUUUCUUAA